UAACUGGCUCCACGUUUGAGCUCGGUUCGCGGAUCUCUCGGCAUCUUCUGUUACCGACGGUUCGUUCUCUCGCGCCCCCUCCUCCUGUUUUGCAGCACGCGUACCCGGAUCUCCUCCGUCAGAGAUGCAUGGCCCGUGCAGCCCCUGAGCGGGAGAAGGACUCCUUGGCGCAGUGAAAACGCCGGAGACACGAAACAGCAGCGAGGAGAGGACGAGUGCUGAUGUUUUCGCUGUGGAAUAGAAGUUGACCAUGCCGUGGAUGCUUCCUCUUCAUCCCUGACGAGCGCUAGUGGAGAAAUCGCCGUCACACACGCGGGGCUCGCUUCAGGGAGGCGAGCAAGAUGAGCAGCAGCCCUCCCCGGUUAACGGCACCGAUGCCGGGCUUCUUGCCGUGGCUGCUGCUGCUGCCAUUCGCGCUUCUUCUGGGCUGUUCACUCGGGAUGCCUCACGUUCUACGAUUCGGAGGAAUUUUUGAGUCCAUUGAAAGUGGCCCUUCUGGAGCUGAGGAGCUAGCCUUCAAAUUUGCACUGAACACCAUCAACAGGAACAGAACACUGCUGCCGAACACCACACUCACCUAUGACAUCCAGAGGAUUAAUGUCUUUGACAGCUUUGAGGCCUCAAGGAAAGCUUGCGAGCAGCUCUCUUUAGGCGUAGCAGCCAUAUUCGGACCCUCCCACAGCUCUUCAGCCAAUGCUGUGCAGUCCAUCUCCAACGCCUUGGGUGUACCACACAUCCAGACCAGGUGGAAGCAUCAGGUUUCAGAUAACCGUGAUUCAUACUACGUCAGCCUAUAUCCGGACUUCUCCUCUCUCAGUCGUGCCAUCCUAGACCUCGUUCACUUCUUCAAGUGGGAGACGGUCACUGUGGUGUAUGAUGACAGCACAGGGUUGAUUCGUCUACAGGAGCUGAUUAAGGCUCCCUCCAGAUACAACAUCCGCCUAAAGAUUCGCCAGCUGCCUGCAGAGACCAAGGACGCCAAACCACUUCUUAAGGAUAUGAAAAAAGCAAAAGAAUUCCAUGUCAUCUUUGACUGUGGCCAUGAGAUGGCUGCCUGGAUACUCAAACAGGCUCUUUCUAUGGGGAUGAUGACAGAGUAUUAUCACUACAUCUUCACAACACUGGACCUGUUUGCAUUGGACAUGGAGCCGUAUCGCUACAGCGGUGUAAACAUGACUGGUUUUCGAAUCCUAAACACAGAGAGCACUCAGGUGUCCUCUAUUGUAGAGAAAUGGUCCAUGGAGAGACUGCAGGCUCCUCCUAAGCCCGACUCAGGAUUGCUCGACGGAUUUAUGACGACAGAUGCAGCGUUGAUGUAUGAUGCGGUGCAUGUUGUAGCAGUAGCAGUGCAGCAGUCCCAGCAGAUCACUGUUAGCUCUCUUCAGUGCAACCGACACAAACCCUGGCGUUUUGGAGCAAGGUUCAUGAGCCUUAUUAAGGAGGCUUCUUGGGAUGGACUGACAGGGCGAGUUCUCUUCAACAAAACAAAUGGCUUGAGAACAGAUUUUGAUCUAGAUGUGAUUAGUCUGAAGGAGGAUGGACUGGAGAAGAUUGGCACAUGGGAACCUGUGAAUGGCCUUAAUAUGACCGAACAUCACAAGAGUAAAAUGACCAAUGUUACAAACUCCUUGUCCAACAAAUCACUAAGGGUGGCCACUAUUCUGGAAGAACCAUAUUUGAUGUUCAAGAAGUCAGACAAGCCUCUGUGUGGAAAUGACCGUUUCGAGGGCUAUUGUGUGGAUUUGCUGCGAGAGCUGGCUGCCAUUUUGGGAUUCCGCUAUGAGAUCCAGCUGGUGGAGGAUGGAAAGUAUGGCGCGCUGGAGGAAAGCACAGGCCAGUGGAAUGGAAUGGUCCGAGAACUAAUGGACCAUAAAGCAGACUUGGCAGUGGCUCCCUUGACCAUAACAUACGUGAGGGAGAAGGUGAUUGAUUUUUCGAAGCCCUUCAUGACGUUGGGCAUCAGCAUCCUGUACCGCAAGCCCAAUGGCACCAACCCUGGCGUGUUCUCAUUCCUCAACCCACUCUCUCCUGAUAUCUGGAUGUAUAUUCUGCUGGCUUACUUGGGUGUCAGUUGUGUGCUGUUUGUCAUAGCCAGGUUCAGCCCGUAUGAGUGGUAUAAUCCUCAUCCCUGUAACCCAGAUUCUGAUAUGGUGGAGAAUAACUUCACUCUACUAAAUAGUUUCUGGUUCGGAGUUGGAGCUCUCAUGCAACAAGGGUCUGAGCUGAUGCCCAAGGCUCUGUCCACCAGGAUAGUUGGAGGUAUCUGGUGGUUUUUCACUCUGAUCAUCAUCUCAUCUUACACGGCAAACCUGGCUGCCUUCCUCACUGUGGAGAGGAUGGAGUCUCCCAUUGACUCAGCUGAUGACCUAGCCAAGCAGACCAAGAUUCCUUAUGGUGUAGUGGAGGCUGGAUCUACUAUGGCAUUUUUCAAGAAGACAAAGAUCUCCACUUAUGAUAAGAUGUGGGAGUUCAUGAACAGCAGGAGGCAAUCAGUGAUGGUAAAGAGCGUGGAGGAGGGAAUCCAGAGAGUGCUCACGUCGGACUAUGCAUUCCUCAUGGAGUCCACCACCAUUGAGUUUGUCACCCAGCGCAACUGCAACCUCACUCAGAUUGGAGGACUCAUAGACUCUAAGGCUUAUGGAGUGGGAACACCAAUGGGCUCUCCAUACCGAGACAAGAUCACCAUAGCGAUUCUGCAGUUGCAGGAGGAAGGGAAGCUGCAUAUGAUGAAGGAGAAAUGGUGGAGAGGAAAUGGCUGUCCAGAGGAGGAGAGCAAAGAGGCAAGUGCUCUGGGAGUGCAAAACAUCGGGGGCAUCUUCAUCGUGCUGGCUGCGGGCCUGGUCCUCUCCGUUUUUGUGGCUGUAGGGGAAGUGCUGUACAAGUCCAAACAGAACGCACAGAUGGAGAAGCGGUCAUUCUGCAGUGCCAUGGUGGAUGAGCUCACCGUGUCUCUGAAGUGUCAGCGACGCCUCAAACAAAAACCACAGCCUCCUGCCAUCGUCAAAACAGAGGAGGUGAUAAACAUGCACACCUUCAAUGACAGGAGACUGCCAGGGAAAGAGACAAUGGCCUAAGGGUCAUCAACUUCCCACCUCUCUUCCCCUCAUGAAUCCAUUAGGGGUGCAAGAGAGUCUAGGACAGAAGCGCAUCCCACAAUGCCUUUUGGGUCCGCCCUGGAACGCUCCAGCUUUCGUCCCAGAGAUGUUUCCUGUGGAAAUCCAGAUACCUGGGCAUAAUAGAUCUGCAAGCCUUUACUGAAGUGCAUAGGCUCUUUUGCCGAUCAAGCUUCUUUAGCAAUGUAUGGAGUUUCUUUCACACAGAAUGAGAUUAUACUACUCGUUUUUAUCAUGCAUUUCUGCAUUCCAGCGCAUGGUCAACACAUAACUGGAAAGAGAGCUUUACAGGGUGAAGAUUAGUGCCAUAUCAUUACUUGUUUAAUUUUUCAUAGUUGCUUUAUUCAGUGUAACAGGAAUAUUUAGAAAGCAGCCUAUAAUGAUCAAAUUCAUUAAGUUUCUAUGUCAGUUUUUAACAACCACAAUGAAAAUGACAAAGUUAGGGGUGAAACAAAAACAAACAAAAAAAAGUGAAAAAACUGAUUUGACUGCUUGGCUAAACUUAACCUAAUGCCAGAUUCAUCCCCUGAACUGUGCAAAAUGAAAAUUUAAAAGGCAGUAGGCAUGUUUUAUUAACAAUUUUAUUAACAUUAAACAUCAUGACAGUAAAUAUUGUGUUCUAGGUCAAUUAAAUUGAUUUCUGUAAAGUUUGGCUAAAUUUUAUUGAAUCGGAUUGUUUGCUUCUGCAACGUAAAGAGAAACAACAGUUAUGAGAGGCUACCUUUGAAUCGAGUAUAUUUGGUGUACAGAGACCUCUGGUCCUAGACCUUCAAUGCCAUUUCAACAUCAUCACCAAGUCUAAACACUGAUUUUAGUGAUGUCUGUCUGGCAAACUGCAUCUACAAACAUCCAUCCAUCCAUCCAUCCAUCCAUCCAUCCAUCCAUCCAUCCAUCCAUCCAUCCAUCCAUCCAUCCUCUAAACCGCUUCUCCGUCAGGGUCACGGGGGGGUGCUGGAGCCUAUCCCAG